CCAAAAGGUGGGCCUUAAAAAUGGCUACAAAUGAAUUUAGAGAACUUGAAUUUUGAAUUAAAACAGAAGUUGUUUGGUAGUCUAUUAAUAGCAGAUGAUUAAGCACGUAUCUUAUUUCAACUGGAAUUCUUUUACAAGCACUUAAACGUACUAAACUGGCCACUAAUCCCAAAUCUGUGUCUGCUUCUGGGAAAAAAAAAAAAAACGCUUUCAUAAUAAAGACAAGUUAAGAGCGUGACCGUCAACGCAUUCCUUCAGGUAAGGUCCAUUUUCAUUAGAACCUCGGGGGCGGCCGGGGGGAGGGGUCCUGGGACCCCGGUCGCCUCCCGGGACAAUCGCCCAGCGGAAUGCGGCGCCGCGCGAGGCAGGGUCCCCGAGCCCGCGGCGCCCCCCGGACGCACCUGGCGCGGCCCGAGCACAGCGCGCCGCUCGCCCACCUCCUCGCAGGCAGGAAAGUGGCGCUGCUCCCGGGCCCCCGAGAGCCCGGGCGCAGCGGCCCCCCAGGGGCGGGACACUCUCCCCUCACCCCCACGUCUGGCUGUGAAACGUGUGGCUAGCAGGGCGUCACAGCGCCGGGAGGGGGAGGGUGUUCCCGCGUCAAGUCCCCUCCUCGCCCCGACCUUUCCCCGGGCGACGACCGCGAGCCGCCGCGGGGCCUCCCCGCUUCCCCGGCCUCGACCUCCCAGCCCGUGCCUUCCCGGGCCCCGAGCCUCCCGCCCUCGAACGGCGAGGCCCCGGGACCGUCCUGGACUCGCUUACCCGGGCGGAAAGGAAGAGACACUCGUCUGUUGUCCCGAAAACCCCUCAGUGCCUUGGCUUCGCGGGGAAAUGGUUGCCUUUGUGCAAGUGGAUCGGCCUGGCCUCUCUUCAUUUGCCUUGUCUUUUAUUUUUCCAAGGAAAAAAUAUCAGCAGAGAAAGUUCCAGACUUUCUCUUCCCAUGCAGCCUUGUUUUCUGUAUUUAGCAAAUGCCAAACAUCGACCAUGUCUGCAAAUUUCCUCUCGGGUGUAGAGAGCAAGAAGCUUGAAUUUCUGGUCUCUCUUGCAAUGGGGAGUGACAAGAUAGACAACGUUCUGGCCAAAGAGACAAAGGAAAUGAACAAAGGUCUACUGAGAAGACUGAUGUCGCCAUGUGCAGCCAGCAGACUCCCCGAGCCUCGGGCCUCGACCUCUUCUGGGAAGGUUCUCCUCGCUCUUACCAGACCCAGCCGUAUCACCUGCCGCCCUUCCCGGUGGCUGCCGUCCGCUGGCCGUGUGGUCACCGAAGAGCUCCGCUCCUGCUGUUUCCUCCCUGCUCCACCUGCUCUCUUCCCGACGGCCCUACAGAUGGCCAUACUCCUCCGUGGCUUCUCUCUACCUCCACUUGCUCACCUCCAGCGAUCUCCGCCAACACGCUGCGAUCAGGGACCCUGCCCCCUUGUGGGAGGAAGGCUUCGAGCAACCUCACCGUCCCGGCACCUGCCCAGGCAGCUCCUCCGGGCCGUCCAGGGCUCGCGUCACAGUCUCCCUGAAACACUCCGUCCUCAUUCUUGCUCCUGUGUGAUCACCGCCCUCGCCCUCAGCUGUCUUCUGCUCUUGCACCUGCACCUGCCCCCCCUCCCCAACCCAGCUUCCCCCAGGGGGCCGGGGGAGGGGGAGGAAGCACUCGAUCAGUGAGACUCCUUCCAUUGUAAAUUCAUGCUCACGGACCUAGGGGUGCUCCCGGCAGCCCCACUCUCUCCCACUCUACUCCCACUCUCUGCACAGACGACUUCAUACCUCCUCUCCUCUUCUCCCCGAGCCGCCCUCGCUCCCGCCCUCCCUCCCUUCUGCUCUGUGGAGCCACAUCUGACUUCAUCGAGAGAUUCCAAGCCAGCAGAGUGAGCUCCCUACCUGCCCCCGCCUGCACCUCUCUGCAUUCCUGCUGUCGAGGUGGAAGAAUCGUGCCUUCUCCCUUCUGGCUGUGAAGCUAGCUGCCCCCCCUCCCCAGCUCGGGUUCCCAUCCCUUCUAGCUUGUCACUCUUACAGGCACCCCCAUUUUCUCAACAACAGGAGGCUUCCACUGGAGGGUGAGCUGGCUCAUUAGUCAGGGACCCAAUGUCACUCAGCUUUCCCUAAAGAGAAAUGUUUCUAAUUGUCACCUGGCUAAGGAUGGUGUGGGACUUGGCGGAGGAAAGGUCUACUC